AAUCUAGUUUCCGCUAGGGUUUUUGGGCGGAGAGGAAAUGGUGCGAAUCCACGAAGACGAUGGCGGCAAGGAGAGCAAGGGCGCGAUCGCGGCUGCCUACGAGAGCGCCUCGGGCUUCGUCCGCGGCGUCAAGCGCCGGAUUGAGUUUGAGCUCUACGAUGACGAGCGCAGCGCCUUCAACAUGAGGCUGGCUAGAGCGCUGGGACUGUUUGGAGGAGCAAUCUUCUUCAUGCGCAAUUUUGGAGAUGUUAUCGCGAUCUAGCUGAGAAAAAAAAACUCUGGUCUGUUUUAAAUCCUUAGCUCAAUACCACAUAACAUCGAAAGCUUCUUCAUCAUCUUGAA